GAUGUCGCGCUGAUGUCGGCUAGCUGGACCAAUUACUCGGCUGGCAAUGGCAGCCAAGCACCCGCUCACGAAGACGAUGGGCCCGUCUCGGUAGCAGGCGAUAUCCCUGCCUGCGUCAGCUGCAAGCAGCGCAAGCUGCGUUGCUCGCGCGAACUGCCUUCGUGUACUCAUUGUCUGAGGCUCUCUCUUCUGGAAAAGAUCCUUUUGGACGAAAACGGUCAGGUUCGUGCGCGAUAUGUAGAUGAGGAUGCACCGACCAAAGGGCAGGCCAUCGUUCAUGAGACGCCACCGACCACGACCACGACCACGACCACGACCAUGAACACGACAGAAGCCGCGUUUCGUGUGCAUGAGCAGCCCCAACCUAACAAGCCUAUUCCUGAACAACGUUAUGUGGAUAUUCCAAGAGAAAGCGCACCAGAAGUACCCAAGGAAGAGAGCAUGGCGCCAAAUCCUUUGAAAAGAAGACACCACACGCCCGUCCCUGAGAGCUGGCUUUUCCCGUUUGCAGACGUCGACAUUGCUCAACAUCUUCCGUCCCAGCCACUUCUCGAGAAGCUUGUAGAUUUCUUCUGUAUCUCUUUCCACCACUGGAUCCCAUAUAUCCACAAGGCGCGGCUCCAGAAACGGGUGCGUCAGGGCUCACAGGAUCCCGGUCAUGUCCUUGUUCUCCACGCUCUAGUCGCUGUUGCUUUGCGACAUAUGGAACCCAGCAUACUUUUCUUGGAUUCCGACCAGAUCCACCAGCAAAUAAACAUAUCGCGCAUGAUUGUGGAAACACAUGCGAUGCGAAAUGUUACUAUCGAAAGUCUACAAGCACUCAUCUUCCUUGUAUUUGAUCUCUUGAACGAUGGCCAGCCACAGAGGGCUUGGCCACUAAUUGGAUCGCUCACUAGGACAAUUGACUACCUCCAGCUCACUACUGAGCCAUCGCUCUUACAUUGCAGAUCACUAAUGGCACCUAUGCGUCUGGUGAAGCCUUCGAAUGACUGGACGGAGCUGGAGGAACGCCGGAGACUAUUCUGGGUCAUCUUCUUGCUUGAUCGAUUUUGUUCGGCAUCUACGGGGUGGAAUACCAGUCUGACCGCAGAAGAUGUCCAUCGUCGAUUACCAGCAGACGGAGGCUAUUUUACCCGUGAGGAGCCUGUCACCACUCCAUAUUUCGGAAUUUGGAACAAAGCAGCGGCUCGUAUCGGACGCUCAUUAGCCAACGUACCAGCUCAAUAUAAUGAGGAUGAUCCUGGAACAGACCUACCUCCAGGUGCUAGUCCAAACUCGACAAACAGCUACAUAGACGCAUCUAAACUUGGCGCUUUCGCGUAUUGCGUUGAAGCAACUGAGAGUCUGAGCCAAGUAACCACAUUCUUCCUCCAGCAACGGAUCAACUGGCAAGAUAAAGAGCAUGCAGUCAGCUGGCUGACGCGGUUCAAAGAGCUAGAUCUUCGGCUUGUUCAGUGGAAGAUGUUUCUACCACCCAGAUGGAAAGACUCCAAUAUAUCUGCCGACCGAGCAGUGGUAGACAUGGACCCAAAUCUAACUCUAGCACACAUUACUCACAACACAUCGAUGAUACUGCUACAUCACCCAAUUGGAUAUCCUCCUAAAGAAUGGAAUGACUUCGUCGCGCUCCCUAAAGAAUGCAGUGCGCAAACAUGCGAGCUCGCUGCUGUCGAAACUUCCAACAUUGUCAACAAGUUCCUAACCCACACUCCCAUACCCUUUGUCAACGUACAAUUCUCUUUCUGCGCUUUCGUCGCUGCCAAAGCCCUCUUGUUCGGCCACCAAGCCACCCGGCGUCCUCUCCAACCCGAGUUCAACCGCCUAGUUCACGACCUCUGGGAGAUGGCCACCCGCUGGCAAAAAAGCCGCGACACCAACCAGCGCCCCAACAAUCAAGCCGCCAUGUACGCCGACCAACUCGAGCGCCUCCAAGAAGCCUGCCACCACGACCCCUAUUUCCGCUUCGACUUCUACGACCACAGCGGCAUAGCACUAUACCCCCAACACUUUGCAAGCCCAACCUAUGCACCCACCCCGCAAACCCGCCCAGACAGCUCCGCCACCGAACGACCUAUAAAGCACCACACACGCAAAACCAGUCUCACAACCCCCCAACUAACCCUCAGCCCAAGCACCAAACCACCACCUCAAGACCAACACCACCACACCCUCACAUCCCCCACAAGAUACAUCCCGCAUCCCCACCAAACCCACCUCUCCCCACCCGCCCCGCAAACCCCCAUCUACAAAUCCCCACACAUGCCCCAAACACCUUCUUACCCCCCUCCUCCUCCUUCAAUCUACCACGCCGGCGCACCUCCAUCUGGCAACCCACCCUACAACACUACCGGGCUAGGUGCGCAAGGCACACAGCAGCAGAGCGUACAAGAUCAAUCGCUCUUGAACCUCUCAGACGCAUUUAUGGAUUCGCAUUUCCUGGACAUGGAUCGCGUCAUCACGUUUGAAGAGGCGAGUUUUCUUUUACCGGGAGAUGGUUUUAGGUGGCAGUGA